AUGUUUGCCCGAGGAAGACUCGAUCAGUCCAGUAACCUCCAGUCACAGUUUUUUUCAGCAUCACAGAGCCUCCGACAUGGAAAAUAUCCCGAGUCAGACUCCAUUUCACCAUACGAUAGCCCAGAAUCAUCCGAGUCCAUCCUAAGCGAUGAAAGAUCUAUAUACAAUGCGAUCAGAGUGACCACGCCAAAUGAUUCCAGCCCUCGUUUCUAUGCGUCUCUCUCCCAUGAGAACCCCGUUCACGAGCAAGACUUAGCGAUAAACAUGGCCAGGUUCGUUCCUACAAAUUUACAGGAUGAUCAUACUCCUACCAAUGUGCCAGCCAGGCGGGGAAGACGACAGAGAAUGGUAGGAAAGCUUGGGAAUCACACGAAGCUGUUAUCUGACCAGUACUGGCAAGCCACACAUCGGUCGGGACCUGCUUUUUGUAGAAUGACAUCGAUACCAGGUUCCAGUCGGUCUUUACAUCGCAAGGCUGUUUCCCUUGGUGCAGACAGUAGUAUGCGCAGGCCUAGAUGGCCUGGGAACUUGGGACCUGCAGUAACGACCGUCCAGCCUCGAUAUCCACCGCCAGAAAGGACGCCUACACCCCCUGGUCUCCCUUCCUUUGGCACGUCAGAGGCUAUGUGCUACUCUGCACGGUUCAUGAUCCCAGACAAUGGUGCAGCCUUGCAGUGCGGUUCUGGUAGUGGUCAGCGUGCCAGUUCUUAUGGUGAUACCCUAAGAAGAUUGUUUGGGUGGCCAUCUUCCACAUCUCAUGCUGGUGGUAUUUCUGUUAAUGGUAUAGGAAGGGCUGAGGAUGGUACGGUGGUACAGGGCCGAUUCCCCCAUCGACAAAGUGGCCAUGGAAUGAGCAUCGGUCGACAGCUGCAUGAGCAUCCUUUCCAUCAACGCAGUCUUCCCAUUGCCCACCACGAAGCAACAGAUACAAGCCACGAUCCUUAUAUUGAAGCUGAACACACAAAGGGUGGUCUUAAUCUUGGGCCUCGCCCAAACAGGCGUGUCCAGCCUCUGUCCUCCCAGCCUAGACGACAUUUUCCCUUUCCAUCAAACCAGGUCCCUACUGUGGUAAAUCGCCCAUCGCGGCCCAGAGCCACUGCACUUCUCAGCUUGUCGCGCAAUUUGGCUGGAUCAGAUGGUCCUGCGGAUUCAGUGGAAUCUUCUGUUCAAAGGACUAGGACAGCUGGAGACCAUCUCCCUUCCAACCCAUCGCGGUUGCAUUCGGUUUUCACGAUGGCUGUCCGCGGCGGUGGUGCAGAUGAAGGCGCUCACGCAAGCACGCCCGUCUGUCCGGAUGUUUCGUUGUGGGUGAAAGCCCAUACUUGUCUCUUCUGCUGCCCGGGCAGUCACGAGGAGCCAGAUGAUUCGCUCGGAGCAACCAGUUCGCGGGAAACAUACGUAACUGCCCAGAGCCAGAUAUCGCCUGCUGGAUCUCAGAAUGAAAGCAGUGGGCAGAACACUCGUCUCCAUGGCCUCCAGGCAUGGAUCUCGUCUCUGUACGGUGUCAUGUUUCCGACCCUUGUGAACCCUGCCGCUGUGUAA